AUGAGCGACCUCGCCAACAUGGAAGACAAGUCUGUGAAUGUGAAGGUCGGCGGCCAUCUGCAACCUGUGACCAGCAGAGCCAGCACCAACAACUCGGACCUGGAAACAAACCAUUAUGGCCACCUCACCCUCUGGCAGUCCAUCAAGAAGUGGCGCCGUGUCGUACUCUAUUGUAUCGGAAUGACCUCGGCCAUCCUGAUGUACGGCUACGACUAUGUCAUCGUCGGCACCACGUCAGCCAUGCCCAGCUUUCAGCAAGACUUUGGUCAGCGCCUCAACAACAAAUGGAUCCUGCCAUCGCUCUGGCUCGGUCUCUGGAACUUUGUCAGCCCCGGCUGCUCCAUGGUCGGCUCUCUGAUCGGGGGCGUCUUCCAGGACAGAUAUGGCCGCCGGGCGUCGCUCGCUGUCGGGUCAUUCCUGUCGGCCAUCGGUGUCGCGGUCUGCUUCGUGUCAAACCUGUCACCGGAUAUCCAUACGCGACGCGGAGUCUUCCUUGCGGGCAAAGGUUUCCAGGGCGGCGCCAUCGGCAUGGUCAUGACCACCUCGCAGACGUACAUGUCGGAGAUCCUGCCGCCCAACCUCCGUGGGCCACUGCUCGCCUUCUUCCCCAUCUUCACCUUGCUCGGACAGCUCACAGGCGCCGCCGUCAUCUUUGCAUGCAUGAACAUGGAAAACGGAUACACCAUUUGCUUUGCGUCGCAGUGGCCCUUCUCCGCUCUCCCCCUGCUCAUGGCUUUCCUCAUCCCCGAGAGCCCGACACACCUCCUCCGCCGGAACCAGGACGACAAGGCCCGCAAGGCCCAGGCCAAGCUGGACGUGCCAGGCGCAGACCCGGAAGAUACGCUGGAGGCGAUCCGGCGGAACAUUGAGCACGAGAGGCGGCAGACGGAUGCCAACUACAUCGACUCGUUCCGAGGCGUCAAUCUCCGGCGGACGCUGACCAUCAUGUUCGCCAAUUCGCUGCCCAACAUGUUUGGUCUGACGUUGCUUGCCAAAUCCAGCUAUUUUGUGCAGAUGGUCGGCAUGAAGGCCAACUUGAGUGUCAUCGUGCUAAUUCUCGGUCUUGUCUGUGGACUCAUCGCCAACAUUGCCAGCAUCUGGGUUCUCUCAAAGGUAGGGCGCAGGCGGCUUAUCAUGGCCACGCUGUCACUCCUGACAUUGGUAUGGACCGCCAUGGGUAUCGCGGGAUGCUUCUCGGGCCCUGUGACCGUAUGGUACACGGCGAUAUCACUGAUAGCGGUCGUUAUCGUGGCUGGGCUGGGAGUCUGGCCCGCGUCGCAUGUCGUGAGCGCCGAGACGUCUGCGCUGCAUCUGCGUUCCAAAGGGCAGGGGAUCGGCUGGUUCACUGCCGGUGCGAACAAUGCUGUCUUCGGUUUUGUGCUGCCGUACCUGUUCAACCCCGACAAGGGCAGCCUUAAAGCCAAGACGGGUUUCGUGUUUGCUGGACUUUGUGCCCUCGGGCUAGUCGUGUCCUACUUUUUCGUGCCAGAGAUGAAGGGACGAACGUCGGCCGAAAUCGAUCGCAUGUUUGAGGCGAGGUUACCGGCACGCCAGUUCCGACACUGGACCAACUCGUCAGCGGAUUUGGAGAAGAAACGUUCGGCUGGAUCAGAGCGUUCGGAUGUGUAA